UUGUUGGCUUUUACAGGUACUGGUAAGUUUGACACUCACUGUUGGCCACAAAUCUUUGGCAGUUCGACCUAGUGUGGCUGCCAGCGAGCCAUCUAAUUAAUGUCUGCAGGAAGAUGAGGUUUGCCUAGUUUGGAUUUCUGUCACAUUUUUGCCCAUUUGCAAUCAAGACCUCCCCGCCCGCGACCGCUGAUAGCUGGUGUGGGUAAGGUCGUAGCUCAGGUCCGCGCGCUUGGCGCGCUCCGCGCUCUGCGCGCUGGGCACCUCGCGUUCUUUAGGAAGAUGUUGAUCCCAAUGCCGUCGAUGCCUUUUGGCACUUACAGCUCUUAUGCGAAAUCCAGGUGGUGGUUACAGAUUGGAAUGCAGUAUACGAUAUUGACAUUGCUGGUGCUACAGAGCUUAGUGGUCCUAUUGCGCUGGGUCCUUUUGCUCGAUAUCUUUGGAGGGUUCAUUAUGGCUGUUGCCACAGCCUUCGGUGUGUACGCUUACAAGGAGGACCUGCACGUGACCUUUCUCUGUUAUUGGGGGCUGAUGAGCGGUAUCAACGGCAUCUUUGAUUUUGUCAAGUUCAUCGACGUUUGGGUCCACCAGCCCGUCUCAUUGCUCAGCCUCGCAUGGAGUUUGAAGCUCCAGUGGCUGCUGCUCUUAGCCGUUCCAGCUGUGAGCCUUCCUGCUGCCGUGGUGGCUUGGUACGUCUAUCAGGAUAUGUCCGGAUCCGGUGAGACGCAGAGAAGGUCUGCUGACUGGGCAGACUCUCGUGAAUCUCGUUCAGAGAGGACACCACUUCGCCAGCCGAGUUUCCAGUCCUUUGGUGGGCAAGGACGGCGAUUAGGUGC